AUGAUUGAAUGGAAACCUCGAACUGUAGAGGAAGAAAGCCAUGGAUAUCCUGAGAUUAUUUGGACGUACAGUCCGUAUCAUUCAUUCUUCACGCACAUAUAUGAUGAUGAAUCUAAGUUUCAUGAAAUCUUUGAACCUGAUUCCACACAGAUUGACGUGUACAUGUCAGUUGUCCACCCUUUAAUUAGUGAAGUCCUUGCUGGGUAUAACUGCACAGUUUUUGUUUAUGGCAAAAGAGGCACAGGAAAAACAUUUACAAUGGAAGGACAGAUAUCAAAUGAAUCUCUUCCAUGGAACACUGACUCUAUGCCAGGAAUUAUUCCUCGCAGCCUGAAGCAUCUGCUCGCUGAAGUAAAAAGACAGGAAGUUGAUCUUCCUGUCAGUGUAUCUUACAUAGAAGUCCAUAAAGAUAAUCUUUAUGAUUUAUUGCCGAGAAGUGGACCUUCAGAACUCAACUGCUCUCACACAAUACUUUCAAUUACCGUCAAGAUUCCAGCAGAAGGUGAAAAGCCCUCAAAAAGAGGGAAAUUGAACCUUGUUGAUCUGGUUCAUAGUGAGAGUAUUGAAUGGCCAGCUGUCUGCGAUGAAGCUGGAAAUAUUAAUCAGACAAUGCAGACACUAGGAAGUGUUGUUAGAUUUUUGGUGGACGGAGCCACGAGCGUACCUUUCAGAUGCAUGGUUUUGCAAGCUUGCAGCAGUAAGCAUACGUACAUUCCAGUAGACUAG